CAGCGCCUGCGUGACUCGGGUGCCGAGGGGCGCCGCACUUGCACUCAGCCGCUCGCUCUUCCUCGGUCACGAGCAGCGGAACAUCCAGGCGCCAAAGGAAAUGCGAGAGCUUAUGCAAGUUCAGUCUGGUGCGACCGAUACAUUCGAACAAAACCAUGCAAUGCGGCCGAUUAAGUCGAACGUGUGCUACGUACUACUAAAAUAAAUAUCGCGCCGGUGGCUUAUUUCGACAUAUAUCACUCUACAUUCUUAUGGCCAGACAGGACGAUAUUUAACACGACACGCCUAUCACAAGGCCCAAUACGCACGAUGGCCCAUUAUAAAUUCAGAGCACCUCAUUUCUUUCGUUUCCACGCGUCCUUCUGAGCAGACUAUGAAGGACACGCGAGUUGUGCAUAUUUCCGGACCUCGAGUUUUUCGGUGCAAUAUCAACACACGAAACGGAGCGUAGCCGCGCAUGACAUCAAGCGUCUCCCGUGCGUUGAAAUUGGUGACUCACUAACCGCGCCUCACAUCGCCGCCGCUAACAUAACGACCGCGCAGUAGCUGAUUCCAGGAGCGGCGGCGACGACCGCGCAGGGAAGCGCGUUCCCCAGACAACCGACCGCGCCCUCUCUCGCGGGCAGCUCGAAGGUGCAGCGCACAUUCGUUGGGUCGUCGGCGUACGGGCUUUACGGGUUCCGCACGUAACGUCGUGGUUUGUGGGGGUGCGGUAGUGGUGGUGCUGUCAAGCCAUGUCCGGCAACGACGGCCAGUGGGAGGUCCUGCCGUCGUACCUCGAUGUUCUGCGGGGAGUGUACAACGUGUGCCACUACGGACUCUACGUGACUAACGGCUCCGAGCCCGUUACCGCCAGUGCCGCUGGGCCUCAUCGGCGCUCCUGGCCCGUCGUACCGCUGGAAGAUGUGUUCGUGGUCCUCGUGCUGGCCGUCCUCUGGACUGUGGUCAGGCGGCUGCUCACCGAUCGUGUCUUCAAGCCCUGGGGCCGGUGGCUCUCCCUAGAGCCAUCCAAUGUGGCCAAGCUGCCCGAGAGUGCCUGGAAGCUGCUCUACUAUGGAUGUGUCUGGCUGCUCACCGUGUACAUUGUGGUGCUCCAGGGGAAGUACCGCUUCUUCCAGCAGCCCUUCUCUGUUUGGGAUGGCUGGUCUCCGGAGGUGGUUGUUCCUACAGACAUUUGGUGGAUCUACGCUGUGCAGUUUAGCUACUAUGUGCAUGGCGUGUAUGCAGUAUUGUAUCAGGACCUGUGGCGCAAGGACUCGGCCGUCAUGCUAGGACAUCAUGGCCUAACAUUGGUGCUGCUUGGCAUGUCCUAUAACUUCAGGUGCCACAACAUAGGUGUCCUAGUGUUGGUGCUGCAUGACCUUUCGGAUGUGCUGCUCGAGUUUUCCAAGCUCAAUGUGUAUCUCAAGGUGCGGGGCGGCCGCAGGCACGCCGUGCAUGACCACAUGGCUACCGUUGCCUUUGCCUGCUUUGCCAUCACCUGGUUUCUGAUGCGGCUGCACUACUACCCACGCAAGGUGAUGUAUGCGGCCAGCACGGGGCUGUUCGUGAAGCAGGUGUUUCCAUCCCACUACCUGCUCUUCCUGGGACUGCUGUCGGUGCUCCUGGUCAUGAACCUCUACUGGUUUGCGCUGAUCGUGCUGUUCACGGUGCGAGUGCUGACGGGCGACAUCCAGGAGCUGGAUGACACACGAGAGUACGAUGUGGCUGAGAAGUUGUGCUCUUCAUCGUCUGCCAGCAAUGGCCACCACCGAACGUCUGAUGAAGCUGUUGUCCUACGACCACUGAGCCAAGGUGAUGGGGCCAAACCAGAGAAUGGCUUCCAGAACGGCUGGCAUGGAGGUGUGCGUGAGCGCCACGCACAAGCGCAGCCACAGAAUGGCUCUUAGCCGACCACAGUGGCCAGGUCACACUCCCCUGUUGUCAAUUGUCCUAGGAUCGGCUGCCCUAUGCAUGUCGAGCUCAGAAAAUGGCAGGAGGGGCCACUUUCUAUGUUGGCUACACACGUCUGUUUGAAGUGUUCAGACACAAGAAGCCAACAGCCAGGCGUGGGCACUCUGCUACUGUUACUCAAGGCACACCAUGCCGUGCUAGUGUAAUUGGCACGCGUAAAUUUUUCAAAAAGGCAUUUCUUCAAAAAAGCGGUUCACGAGGAGGAAGAGGAGUACACUUAGCAACACACCACUGAGGGCUGCUACCGCAGCAGCAGCUCUGCAUCAACAUUUGUGCAAUGUUAGAUACGAUGUUAUUGCGUGCACUGCCUUGCGCUUCCAACAAAUGCUCUCUCUAAACACUUGGCUAUAAGCAAGUUUGGAAGUAUUAUGCUAUUUCUGUGUGUUCUGCGCUGUGUCUUAUUAAGAGAAGCACUUUUUUGAAGGGAUCACACAGUUGAGUGUGUUUUUGCCUGUCAUUUUUACCAGAUGGCACGGUGCACCUCUGGGAUAUGCCAAGUUUGAUUUGCAGUCUUUUGAGGCACCUUGGCACAGUUGCUGGCAGCAGCCGAGCCCAUGUGUAGUGAUUAAGGAAGAAACAGCAGUUUGAGAAAGAACAUGCUAAUUUAGGAUUUGAAUAGCAAUGUUUUCUAAUUGAUUUUAAUAGUUGAUAUUUUUCAUGUCUAAGAGAAAAACUUAGGUGUUUUACAAAUAACAUCUGCACAUUUAACUCCUGCGCUUCUUCAUUCUGCUGGUGACUCACCAAAUAAGUUUAUACAUUCUCAAACUAAAGACGGCACUGGAGUCAAGCAACUAGAUAGUAUGCUUUCAAUCUUAAAGCUUGCUUAGUGAAAGAAUAAAAAAUAUGUAAGGGUGUAUAAGGAGUUACAGGAACUUAGGCACGAAGCUCUUUUGUAGCUCUUGCUCAUGCGAUAUGACACUAACGUCAUUUUUGGAGGGUCAUCUUUGAAUGCUCUAGUGUGUUCCAAAAAGGCUGAUCUUGUUCAGAUGGUUGGAAAAGGGUCCUCUGGCUACAUUCGGAUCAUUAUUUGUGAUCACCCAACUCCAGAUUAUAGCGCUGAGAGGCCCUCUUAGUAUCACUGUUGGAGCAGAUUAGAAAUCUGGCCAGUUAUUGAUCAUGUGACCCAACCUCUUCCUGUGGUUGCGCUAGCAAAGAGGACUGUUGAUCCGUUCACAGCGACAAUGCCAUCCAAGUGCAGCCAGAGGCGGUGGUAUCGCUGGCUGCUUCCCUGGAAGUUUCCCUCACCUUUCAUUUCCUUCCCUCUCACUGCUUCAAAAAAGCAGCUGACUGUUUGGUUAAUGCAAGAUAUCUCUCACUUGGACCCAGAGUACCGCUAGAAUCGGUCCGCUCGGAUUUGGAGAAUCACAACAACAACCUGCUUGCGAGUGCAAGGGCUGAAUGGUACUGGAAACAGAAUGGCAAGCACCAGCAGAGCGCACUCAACUCUGGACCAUUUUCAGUGGGCUGUGUCUGCUCUCAUCUGUCAUCCUUGUUCUGUUCUUUCUGUUUAGCCUAACAUGUAAUAUUGCCCAUAGUGGGGUAUAGGCAACUAACACAUUACGAGUACAGCUUAGGGCCUAGAGAAAGUAGAAAAUUUGCUUGUGCAGUCGUUUCUGGUUUAGUGUCUUUUCCCAUUCAUUUAAUCUGUGACUGUUUUGAUACUUCUUUUUUGUCUAGGUGUUCUAUUCUCUUUGGUGUCCUUCUUGCAUGACGUUGUUCAUUCGUGCGCCUUAGGCGGUGAACUGCUGCUGUGUUAGAGUUUUGCAUGUGUGUGUCUCUCUCUUUGUAUCUUUUGACCCAAGGUGCACAACUUUGUCUGAAUAGCAGCCGCAGGUUGAGUCGGGGCACAGAUAGUAGGUUUUACUUGUACAGCAAAAAUGGCAUGAGCAUCUGAAACUUGAAAUACCUGCUAUGCUUCCUCAAAACCAACAGUUCAGUCAGUGCAGUUUUCAUUGGACGACCUUAACUGUUCCAUCAAACUAGUCUACCUGUUAUUGCUGCUUUAAUUUCUGAAGCAAUCUGCCUUGUGGUUGGUACCACGACACAACAGUGUUUUCUGCUUCUGGAAAUUACACAAGGUGUAGUUUGCUUUCAAACAUAUGCAGGCGGUGAAAUGUAGUGACCCACUUUCUUAUCUCUUUUUCAUUUAGAACCAGAUCCCACAGUGAUAUCCUUACUGUUAGGUUUGCUUCAGUGAACGAAGUGAAUAUAGUGAAAGGACUUCAGAGCGACAAAACAAGGAACACGGCACCUAAAACAAUGCUUUUGCAGCUUUUGAGAUGCAACUACAACUGGUAGCCUCAAGCUCAGGUAGCGAAUGGGCUAUCAGCAGCCUUGCUAUGGUUUUCAUUGCUUCCGCCUUGGUGUAGUCUGUCCACUUUGCUGUCCCAGGAGGCCAGCUGAGACCUUUCCUCUGCUCAUGUCAGUUCACAACUGUUGUUUCCUUAAAGAGAAAUUCUAGUUGGGUGCUACUUCUUGAGGUCAAGCAAGCGCCGAAUGUUCUCUGGGCUCACUCACUACGCUUUCACUUUGAGGUCAGCAGCUGUCAACUUGCUGCUAAAAUCAAUAUAGCAUUCUGUGCUAUGAUUGCCAUGAAGGCUUACUGAUUGAUCUCAAGGAGGCCACAAUAGUGGCACUUAAUCAUGGCUGUAUUUAGUAUCUGCCCAUGAUAGAUAUCGCAGGUAAGAAUAGUCCAGGGAAAGGAGGUGGGACAUGCGCUUUUUCUAUUCUUACUUACACUAUCUGUCGUGAAUGCAUACCAACUGGCCAGUUCAUUGCUUCUGUAUCCAUUCCCUGAUCUGGUGUUCCUGCUGCAAUCUUGCUUUUUCUGGUGUUCACUUCCAGUAUACGGAAUAUCUUGUUGCUUACAUCAUUGGAUAGUUCGCUAUGGCUCACUAUGAAUUAUUAACACCAUUAUUGUGGCUAACAUUGGAGGUACGUUGCACCGACGUCUACAUGGGUUUCACAUCCGCAUGGUUGUGAUGUUAAUCACAGCUAUAUUCUCAGGCGUCAUCUGUUGAUAUCUUUUUUCUUUCCUGGCAGUUCAGUCCAGUCUGAGUGCUGUUGUAGUGAGUUGUUCUUUGUGUUACGUUUUAUUAUCGCAGAAUCUCAAGAAACCCAACCCUGUUAUUUUGGCCCAUUUACUUUCUUGAGGCAACACUUAUGGCUAUCUUGCUAUGUGCUGAUCAAAGCUUCGGUGCAUCUUUAAUAUGUCAUUUUAAUACCUUCCUGCAGCAUUAAAAGAAGACUACAUCACAUUACUUAGUUUCUCUUUUUCAUUUUCUCUCACUUUCUCUCUCCCUUUUUAUGCAGCUAUGAGCAAACUCAUCAUUGCCUUAGUACUUUUACAAAAGCUUUCAGAAAAGUAUAAGAAGAAAUGUUGAUUAGUUUAUUCGUGAAGCUCAUAUACACAUUUUCAAUGAGUAAGUGGAUACCGAAGUCUUCAUUUGGCAGAACUUUGUUAUUUGGUACUCACAAGUUUUAAUAAUAGUUCACUGAAACUGGGCUUCACCUCAUAGCAGUGAAACUUAUGUCUCAAAAUUGCUCUGUAUAGCUGGUAUAGUGGUUUACUGGCAGAGCCAUCAACAAAAGCAGAAAUGAGGUGAUGCAUAUCUUUGGAAGAAACAUUGGUCCACAAGAAUGUAGUGAUGUCAACUUUAGUGCUUUUUUUUCUGAAGAUGAGGUAUUACAGCCAGCUUUCAUUAGAAUCUGUUUCCAUCUUGUCAUUUAUCUAGCAAAAUGAAGACAUUUCUGUGAGGGUUGCAUUCUAUUCUCACAUUUUUGAUGCUCAAAUAAGAAGAAACAGUCUCUUAUAAGGUGACAUAAUCUACAGCGGUCAGUGCAUGUGAAACUAGGGAAACGAGUGUAUGUAUUCAGCUGAACUUCUGGCAGCGCAGUAACUUUUCACCAUUUAGGAGCUGCUUUAGAGAGCCGUCUGAUGCAACUUGUAUAUCAAUUUGUGCAGUUUUUCUUUUCAAUGUGAGCAGAGAGAAUGACUAAUGUUGUGGAUUUGAGCUGGUAUUUUUGUUAAGAAAUUUUGGCAAAGGUAGGUUGACAAGCUGAGCUCAUCUGUAGGGGAAAAAGUUAAAAAAGCCAUGGUCAGUGUUCUAUAAUAUCGGCUGAUUGUUUUUACUUUUGAUAGUACCAUUAUGCACAUUGAGGCAUGUAAAAAACAAUACUGGAAAGAAGACGAAAAGGCUACACCCACUGCUAAAAGACUGCUCCUGACAUCUACUUUGUCAGUUUUAUGCUUAGCAUUAAGAAAUUACAUUAUUUAUCUUAUUUGCUGUUUCGCUGCACCAGACUGGACUUUUUAAUGAUAGUGCCCUCAGCAGAACUGAUGUCAGCAUUACAAAAACAACUAGAUGGCAAGCAAACAGCUAGAAUUAAAGGCAGAAGACACAGGCUGUAUUAUGCUUAAUCUUGCUAUUGUCCUAUUGUCUGGACUGUUUUUUGUAUGUCAGCCUUGAACCAACCAGUCCAACUUCAUACACUCCUGCAGCAAAAACCACUGAUACGAGCAAAGGAGGGCUUCUUUUAAAUGUUGGUUGCUCUCAUGCUUGUUUGUCUGACUCUCUUUACAAUAUGGAAACUUUAUCAUCAGAAAAUUGGGGCAGACUGCUCUGGAUAACAUCAUAAUGUUUGGCAAUGUUGGUACACUUUAGUGUGGGGAAUCUGAAAAGGGGAGGCCACUAGUGUUGCCUACAGAGUGGAACCCAAUGUUUUAACAAUACUGGCAAGGUGUUACAAAGUGUGCCUUGUAGCUACAUAGGCACUUAGCAUUGUCUGGAAAUUCCAUCUCCUCUGCGCAUUGUUAGAUUGCAAAGCCUAUUUGUGCAAGUCUGCAGAGAGCCCCACAAAGUAAAGUACACAUGAUGAGUUCAGUGGAAGUAUGCCAUGCAUUUCCAUAAGCUUUACCAAAAGAUUUCACAGCUGGGCUUUCCACAAAUGUCUGUUGACAUGACCAAAAUGGCCAUGCUUGUGCUUCAUGUUGAAAUGAAGUAGAAAGUAGAUUGCAGCAUUGACGGCACUGAAUGCGAGCCUGCUUAUCCCAGUUGCAUUAGUCAAUACCCACAAGUUGAGGAAAGAUUUGUGAAAGGGAGUGUGGGCAAGAUGAAACUUUCUUCAACUGUGACGAUUCCUUUUCAAGAAACCUGAGCAAGUUUCCUUUGUAGCUUCAUGCUACACAUAGGUUGAUACUAUCUUUCGCUUUCAUUAUUCGAAAUGCAUAGGGAAGCCCUUUCUUGGGAUUUUGCAGUAUGCCUAUCGGCAGUGUGCUUAGUUUGUCUGUCAGCACUGGCCAACUGUCUCGAGAAGUUAUGUCAAGGUCUGUGGACUAGGCUCCACACUGGUGCUGCCCUGUAGUCACCUGUAAGUGCACUGUGUGCCUCGCUUGGCCUCCCCCUCGGCGACAGGGUGUACAGCUGUGCCUGCAGCCCUUACAGCUGCACCGCAUAUACAUUGAGGCUUUUGGGGCCUCCUUGCAUGGCAUGUGGCGGUUGGGUGCACUUGUUGGUAGGUACUAGUGUUCACACUGUGUGAGUGGCAGCUAAUUCCUGGAGCAGGCUGCUCCUGGGACACUUUUGUCACGUCUUUUUUGAAGUCUUCAGUGGGUGCGGUGGGUGCACAAGGACUGGAGCAAGGCAAGCCGCGUUUCUGUUUCUCGCAAGCAUGAUCAUUCAGAAGUGCGGCAUUUUUCUUGGUCAAGUUCUUUUUUGUGCUAAAUGAUUUCAAAGGGAAAAUUAGCUGCUGUGUCUGGACAUCAAUGUUUAUGAGAUGCCUCUGUGUGCCAUUUCCUUUUUUCUUUAAAGGAACACUAAAGAGAAGAAUUAGUUGAGCUUUAUAGUUACCCUUCCACAACACCAAAAAAGAGCCAUCAAAAGAGCUGAUGCAGUUCCUACACCAGCUCGUUCUGACGUAAGGCUAUUGAUGGCGUCUGGCCAGGCCCAUUUCAAUUUUUUAUCAGUAAAGGUGGGUCACCACUAUAUUCUGAAGGAGGUGAAGGCUAAACAUAGCAACUUUUCAGGACCUUUAUUGCGCCAUAAUCUUCCAAGCAAGGGAGAAAAAAGAUGAAGUCUGUGAAUCACCCUUGCAUACCAGUGCUGGGGUUGCAGUGGGAAAUUAAAAAAAGAAAAAGAAUUUUGGGUCUUAAUUUUCUCAUGUAGUAACCAACCUCUUGCCACAAAAUUAACAAGAAUGCAGUUUUCACACAAUACCUUAUCAGGCUACACUGAUUUGGUGUAUAUCUUUAGUGUUCCUUUAAGUGCACCUAGCGUUGUUGUGUGUAUGCAUUGAGCAGGUCACUGACUGCAAUUAUUCUGUAAUGUGAACCUGCUGAGAGAGCUGUCUGCAGUAAGCUCUUCUGAACAUUUGAAAUGUUUAGGAGUACUAAUGUUUAAUUUGAAUGUUCCCUGUCCAGAUAUGUGCACAUUAAUUGGCUGACGUUAACACCGUGGAAACUCAAAUUUGCUACAGGUCACUUCAUUCAUCAGGAGCUCACCUUGUAGGCACUGUUUAAAACUAGUUUUCAAGCACUUGAUUGCUUUACUGUUGCAGUCAGUUUAACAUAGUGUAAAUUUAAGGGAAAAAGUGUCAUUAUUGAAUGACAUGUGUUGAUGUGUCGAAAGUACGGUAAUUUUAAGAUAGCUCAUUUCCCAUGUUCUUUGGUGGUUUCAUUGUUUCUAGAGGUAAUGGCUUGUCUCUAUUUAAUGUGCAGAAGUUUGAUAUGCAUAAAACAUGCUCAACGAUUUGAAAGGUUCUAUAGCUGAAUAAAUGAAGAAGGAAAAACAUGUUUCAUUGUAAUGCUACUACAUAGCUGGCACCAUGUUUAGCAAGGCGGCAUAUUCAGGAAGCCUUUUCUAUCUGCAGCACUUCUUGUGCAUUCACUGCUGACAAACAUUUGAUAUCAUAUGAAAACGUUGAUUGCAUGUUUCAAUUGUACUGCGCCUGUAUCUGCGUGGGCUCACCUUUAUGGAGCUAUGCUUAGUGACAGCCUUUGCACAGCAAUAUGAUUGCAUCUGUUUUGAAGGGUACAUGGCAGGCUGCGUCUUUCCUUUGUAAGAGCCCUUUAUGAAGCUUCCUUUUGCGUGUAUACCCAAGCCAUCUACUACUAAGAGUGGAUCACAUAUCGUAAAUGUGUUAUCUUUAUGUGUAGGUGGUUAUGUUAUCGGUUCAUCUCUGAGCACCAAGGUCAUCCUGGGUGGUACACUGUUGGCACUUUUAGUGUUGUGCGUGUAAAUGUCAUUGCUUUGGUGGGUCUCCUUGUUCCUGGUGGUAGGUGAGCACCAGCGUGUUGUGUACCUUCUCAUUAGACAUUUCUUUUGGCACUGGCCCUGUGUUCUUUAGUAAAAGCUCAACAUAGGCCCAGCUUGCUUCCUCUGCUGGCUUCCAGGAAGUGGUCUUUCCUUGUGAUGAAACACGAUGCCUUGUUAGGAAACUUCGGACCUGUAGGGGUUGGCUCUGUACGCAGCUGUAACCUGCACAGACUUCCCAGAGAACAUGUCGAGACGAAAGUGCCCUGACGGUGACCAGCUAUUUUGGUUCUUUGGGCCACCGAAGCGCAUGCAUUUGUGCAUCACCUGACACCCGCUUUGUUACAGGGAUUGCACAUGUUGUGACUGCGAAAGGCAGGUGUGCCUGAAGGUACGGCAGGCCCUGCACAGAAGCUGUGCCCAUGGGACAUUGUUCAGGUCGGUCAGCAGGGUGUCACUGUGUGGCAUAGGCAUCACUGCUCUUGACACAAAAGUUCACAUGAAGGUUCACAUCUGUUGCUCUCUUUAUUGUUUCUUGGCUGCACCUGAUCAGAAUGGUUUCUUGCAGUGCUUGCUGUGCUUGAGCAGGGCUAUGGCACAAAGGUAAUCACCAUGCAAUGCAGUCCUAUGAAACUUGGCACUAAUGAAAUUUAGCUCAUUCCUGUGAAAUUCAGUGCAGUUCUAUAUACUCAAUGCAAUCCUAUAAGAAUGUAUGGGUCUGGCGUAAAUAGUACCACAAUGGUCUCGGUAAUGCCUCUUGUUUGUGCAAUGUAGUAGAAGUGUUUGCAUUCACCAAGCAGCCAACUCCAUCAUAGUAGAGCAGGGAAGGCAUUUCCAGACUUAUUUUUAGCUCUUUUCAAUGCAAAUGAACACUACAGCUGCUCAUGAAACAUAAGUGGUGCAAUGUUAGCUGGUGCUUCGAUUCUGGCCUUUCAGCGAACAUCUGUUAAACUCGUUUAAUUAUUGAAGGCAAGGUGCUGCUGCAUCAAAGAGAUGUUUCGUUUAGACGAACAUUAUGCACAGCUGUCUUUUCAUGACGCAAUGGCUUAUGUUUGCAAUGAGUGUUGGAUUCCGUGGCGUCUUCCAUCCUCAAGCUUUUCAGAGCUUCCAGUGUUGAGGCACACAUUCGGUAUCCUGUAGGCGAUAAAUUCGUCAGUAUUUCUGCCUGCCAUUAUUGCCAGUUUCUUUCUGUACAGGGCCUGCCGUAUCAAGUGUGUAUACUGAAGUACCAAAACUUGGAGGCUGUGACAUUGCACGCUGCCGCUUCCAUAUGCCAUGCUGAUCAGGCUGAUCAGCACGUGUGGGCUGCGCUUGUUGCUUCUUGGCACAGUUGCCGUCUUUUGACUGCCUGCCUUUUUACCACAGCAGUGAUCAAUGAUGCAGAACUGUAGAAAAAGAAAACCAACAAACAAAGCUAGUCCGACUUUUCUCACGUGUGCAUGUGUGCAUUUGUGUGUACGUGUGUGUGUGGACUGGGUGACGCAAUUUGUAUGUCACCUUUCUCUAGGUGCCUAUGGUCAUUCUUUCUUUUCUCCACCUUGUCUCCUAUUGGCAGAAAUGUGUUUAUGAUAUGUGUGUCUCGAGAGAGAAUUCAUUCUUUCGGUGUCAUUUAUUGAGAUCCAUUAUAUGUGAGGUGUGCGUGUUACUUAUAUUGCUAGCACGGGAACCAAGCGUGUGCUUGUGCUGCAUGCAGCGUCUAUUUUUCAUUUUGUUCUCUGCCUUUUGCUGUUUCUCCUUGCGCGUGUACUGAAGUGCUAUUUCCACAAGACAUGGUGUCCAAAGCAAUGGAGCCUUCUGAGAAAAUAAAUGCGUAUGAAUAUGUCA